UUCCUUCGUCAAAGCCUCUUCUGAAGAGCAGGAGUUGAUCCUCAUGGACAAAGGGCAAGAAUUUGAAUGGGCUGAGGCCCAAAAGAUUGCAAUCAGCGAAGAUCUUGUCGCUGCAGCAAAGCAGCAGCUGGAGUUUCUUGCUGCAGUUGACCGCCAGAGGUUUCUUUAUGAGGGCCCUUUACUGGAAAGAGCAAUUCAUAGGUACGAGAAUUUUUGGCUGCCAUUAUUGGCUAAACAUGGUGAAUCUGGAGUUGUGGACGGAUCUUUGGUCGUCCCUCUCGACUGUGAAUGGAUAUGGCAUUGCCAUCGGCUUAAUCCAGUGCAAUACAAAAAGGACUGUGAAAAAAUUUAUGGGAGAAUCCUGGAUAACGAAAAUGUGAAAUCUUCUUUGUUUGCAAAGUCGAAACUUCGGAGUACUGAAAUAUGGGCUGAACUAUAUCCAGGAGAGCCAUUUGAGCUUGAUUAUAGUUGGUCAUACUCAGACGCUGGACUGUACUCUGGAGAAGAAAAUUCCAUCACUUACGAUUUGGUUUCUGCUGUGAAGAGACAGUCUGUUUUCUAUUACCAGGUAGCAAGACCCAGCAUGAGUGAUAGCCGUUUUCUUGAGGAAGCAGUGGCCAGAUACAAAGGAUUUCUUCAUCUUAUAAAGAAAAACCAAGAAACAUCAACGAACCGUUUUUGUGUGCCAACUUAUGAUAUAGAUCUUAUAUGGCAUUCUCACCAGUUGCAACCUUCAUCUUACUGCAAAGAUAUGCUUGAAUUGUUGGGUAAGAUAUUAGAGCAUGAUGAUACUGAUGCUGAUCGAACCAAAGGAAAGAAACUUGAUAAUGGAUUUUGUGAAACUACAAAGCAAUGGGAGGAUACAUUUGGUUUGAGAUAUUGGAGAGCUGGAGCUAUGUAUCGGGGAUGCGCGCCUUCUUCUUUAGAUGUUACUCCGUAUUUUUCAGGACCUGACAUGAAAAAUGAGGAUGUUAUGGAGAAGUCGGAGAUAUUAUUGCCUCUCCAGAAAACAAUGGUUGUGGAGGUUCUUCUCGAAAUUGUGGGAGUUAAAAACUUACCUGCUGAGCAAAAUGGAAACUUGUUUGUAUCUUUUAGCAAGAAAAGCCCAGACAUAUUCUUGAAUGGUAGUUCUACACUAAGUAUUUUAUCCGAAUCUGGAGAGAAACAAGUAGCUGGUUUCCAAUGUGAACCCACAGGCGAGCUAAUCUUGGCACUUAAGACUAAUUCAAACUCCCAUAUCAAAACGAUGGGAACGACCUCAAUUCCUCUUGAAGACUUGAUGGCUCCAAAUUCUAAGUUGUCUGUGGAGAAAUGGUUUGAAUUGAAACCUCAUACUGGAAAUUUGAAUGGCAAGCCGGUUUCUCUUUAUGUUGCUGCUUCUUUUACAGUUCCAUUCCCUGCUCCUCAAGAGUUUCGCAUGUUUAAGCCGAGCCCCAUCUCUAUGAACACAUGUUUCUUUCCACUCAAGGCUCAACUGGAUCGAAGAUGGGUGCGGUUGGCGGAUGACAAUGGUAAUGAUAUCAUCAGCCUACAAAUGAGGCGCGUAAGGCAAAAGAAUGGAGUGAAUAAUGGGAUGAUUUCUAAGAGCAAUAUCGUUGGAGUUACAAGAUUAUCCAAAAAACCACAUGUGCUGGCUGAAUACGCCGAAAACAAAUGGUCAUUGAACGAUUAUAAUUUAUCGCUCCAUAUCGAGAAGGAAAAUAGCCAAGGUGCUCAUAUCUUUGAGCUUUCGGGCAGCAAUCGGAUCAAGCUCUUCCCCGGGAAAAAGCUGGAAUGUGAACCCAAAAACUGCCACCACAUUGAGCUCAACUUCAUCACAGCUGUGGAGUUCUCCGCUGACCAUCCCUACGGAAGAGCUAUAGCCUUACUAGACAUAGAAUCAAGUCUCAUAAAGGUCGACGAGGAUCAGUUCGUGUUGCCUGCAAUCCUUCUCUUAUUCAUACUAAAGAAAGAAGGAUUAACAGGAAAAAACAUCAAACAGAUGGCCAAUCAAGAAUCAAAAACUUGUGACCAAACUUCAGAAGCGUCAGCAAUGAACGCUUCGACAACACAAGUCAACAGUGGAGGCUGCGGCGGAGGAUGUAGCGUGUGUGGGAACACGCUGAAUACCAACAGUUCUGGGGGUUGCGGCGGUGGCGGCUGUAGUGGUGGUUGUGGAGAUACGACGACAAUUGCAGGUUCAGGCCCUUGCAAAGAAGCAUCGAUAAAUUAUGGUUCAGGCGCUUGUUAUUCUACAGGACUACCUGGCUUCUGA